AUGGCGCAGGCUCUGUCGGCGGAGGAGUUCCAGAGGAUGCAGGCGCAGCUGCUGGAGCUGAGAACGGAGAACUAUCGACUGUCGGACGAGCUGCGCAAGAGUCCCCCAGAGCUGUCAGGGCUGCGCCAGCGGGUGCAGACUGACAAGGACCUGGCCAAGGCCAACAAGGCCCUCAGUAAGAGCAAGAAGGCCCAGGAGGUGGAGGCGCUGCUGGGGGAGACGCGGAUGCUGCAGGGGAAGCUGCAGAGCCAGGAGGACGAUUUUCGGCUCCAGAACAGCACCCUGCUGAGGGAACUGGCCAAGCUGUGUGCCCAGAUCGAGGGGCUGGAGGAGGAGAACCGGCGGCUGCAGGCAGAGGUGGCCCAGCUGCAGGCAGAGGUGGCCAAGCUGAGGGAGGAGCUGAGGCAGCAACGGGACAGUUUUCUGCAGCUGCAGGCGGAGAAGGAGACGCUGCUCCAGAACAGCCGGAGCGAGGCCGAGCAGCUCCGGGCCCGGCAGGAUUCGGAAUUCCGGGAGCUCCAGGCCCGGAUCCGGCGGCUGCAGCAGGACCUGGACGAGGCCACCCAGGGGGGGCUGCAGGAGCUGAGUGAGGAGCGGGCGCGGGAGCUGCGCGAGAGCCGCGAGCGGGGGGAGCUCCUGCACUCCCAGCUCCAGGUGGUCUCGGGGGAGCGGGAGCAGCUCCGGCUCCGCUUGGACGAGGCUGAGGCUGCCCAGGCCCGGCUGGGGGAGGAGCAGCGACUGAGGGAGCUGCACGAGGGGGAGGCCAAGGCCCUGAGACAGGAGCUGAGGGACGUGCGGGACGGGCAGCGCAUCCUGGAGAAGAAGGGCAGCCGCUGCGUCCCCCUUCCCCAGCUGAAGGACCUGCGGCGGCAGCUGCAGGAGGAGCGGCGCCGGGAUCGGCUGCAGGAGCGGCUGCAGGGGCUGCUGGCGCCCAGCAGGGCCCGAUCCGGUUUGGGGGAUUUGGGGGGGUCCCAGGGGUCCCCAGGGGCGGGGUCCGGGGGCGAUGGCAGCUCCGUGUCCCCGCUGGGCCGCGGCAGCUCCGCCCCCGGCAGCACCAAGUCGGGGUCGGGCAGCCCCGGGGGCGGCAGCGCCGGGGGUCCCGGGGGGUUUGUCCCCAGCUGAGGUGGCCGAGCUGGGGCUCAGGGGUCUGAGCUGUUCCAGCGCCUGGCCCAGAGCCAGCAGGAGCGGUGGCUGCUCGAGGAGAAGGUGAGGCACCUGGAGGUGUCGAGCGCCUCCAUGGCCGAGGAUCUGUGUCGGAAAAGCGCCAUCAUCCAGAGCUUCGUGAGGGACAGCAGGCUUGAGGCCGUGCCCCCGGUCUCCGCUCGCCGGGCAGCGGGAGGAGGAGGGCUGCGGAAGAUGAACAAGAAGCUGCAGAACCUUCUGGAAGAGCAGCUCACCAAGAACCUGCACCUGGCACAGGACCUGGAGUUGCUGUCCCAGGAACUGGCCCAGCUCAGGAAGGACCAAACGGCCCCCCCGGGACCCCCGUGAGGGGCGGGGCCAUCUCCGCCUGGGGGCGGGGCCUCUCCCCAUCGCUCCGCCCCCCUCGCGCCACAGGCCCCACCCCGGC